AUGGCGUCGGAAUACAGUAACUUGUCUCUACCACGUCUGGAGACAAAAAACGGUACUUUUUCGGCUCGAAAAGUUUUCAUUCGUGCUUUUUUCCAGAAGUUAUCGAUUACGCGGUUGUUCUGGAUAUAAAUUUCCGUCGACGUAUUUUGGACAUCCGUACUUAUGGCGGUCAUUUACACCGCAAAAAAUUUUUGGCGGUUGGAAAAGCGUUUUUCUUAGUUUUGAAAAAUUGUUUUACAGAUGGUUGAACUGCACAGUAUGAUCAUUAACUGUUCGAGAAGAGAAAUUGUCACAUAUAUCGCCGAUUGGUAAUUAUAAUUUUUUGAAAACGGAAUUUUGGUUUUUUUUUUUCAGUAACAACGAAUUCGGGCACGUCUUCUUGAAACAGUUUGUUGUGUACAUGGCGGAUUAUCUAAAUCGACACGAAAUUCAUCCUUAUUCGUCAAAAUAUGCAAGUACGUUGGAAACGUUUUUUUAAAAUGAAACGAAAAAAACGUGAUUUUUAAGAGAGAAAAUUAUUAUUUUCAGUUGUUUUUGGUGACGGUUACGGAGAUAGUCAAAGUCUACGCGACACUCUUUUGUACUUGGCCGGUAGCGAUCCGGAACUUUCGGAAAAGUACUUAUAUGCUUGCGCCGCCCUGUACCCCGCUCAGACUACUGUUUAUGAGGUUUUCUCGAGCUUUGGUUCUAAUUGAUAACCUUUAUAUUCAGAAUCAUUUGGUGGAGGCGCUUCUCAAUUUGAAGGACAGGCCACCUGGAUACAGUAAACCGUUACUUCCUGGAUUUGUAAUUGAAAAUUGCAAAUUGCAGAUCGAGUCGUUCUCAAUUUGACCAUGAACUAUAGCAACCGCAAACAUAUGGAAGAAGUGGAAAACUACACGGCUUUAAUUAUUGACCACAUGCUUCAAAAAGUUCAAACAUGGAUGAAGUAUCGACCUAAAGAAAUGUCAACAUCGUCGUUCGAGAAUCUGCAAGCAAACAUGAACGAUUACGCUUACAACGUCUGGAUUCCGUUCUACAAUACAUUGAUUCAUUUUGACAUUUUUCUCGAAAGGUGAGAAAGAAAAAUAUGACGAACUGUCGAUUCAAUGUUUUGAAAAACGUUUUUUUCACAGUUUUGAAUCAUAUCCGCCUAAAAAUUGUAUGCGAAAUUUCCAUGAGUUUUUAAAAACUGGACAUUCAAUUUUAAAAAUUUAUACUUUCAGCUUAGAUUACAAUUAGAACUUGAUGCAAAUAUUUUUACAUCGGUUUAAACUAGUUUUUAAGUGAGUUACAACUUGCGGAAAUGUGGCCUAACCUUCCCAACGCAGCUUUUUCUGCGCUAGUUUUCUGAUUAAUCCAUAGAAAUGAAAUUUCCGUGUAAAAAAAUUUCGACGAAAUUUCUUUUCUUUCAGAAGCCUCACGAAAUAAUGAUUUAUUCAAACUUGGAAACUUUUUCAGAAGCGAUCCCGAUCACGCAAAUACCUCCGCGCUGGAUGUUUUGAAAAUCCUACCAAACUUGACUGGAGGAAUGCGAAGAAUGGCUUUGACUUAUCUACUCACAUUGUUUCAAACAGGAAUGGUCGACUUGACAAAAGGUUAUCAGUUUCAGGAACGCAAAUUUAUGCUCAAAUUUUCAGGCGGUGUUCUUGUGCCGUAUUAUUUGAAGACAGCCAUGUUGCCAUUGACCGAAAGAUUUUGCGUAAAUCCACCAACACCGUUUUCUUCGAAAACUGUGAAUUUUCUUCCUCUGCUUUUUUUUUACUUGAAGGUUUUCAGACCCUGUUCACUAGUCAAUUUGAAUUGCUUAUGCGAAUCAUGGAGUUCAUAGACUUUUCUGAUGAAACUCAUCUACAAUUGUUGGAAGACAUUGGUUUCUUUUUGAUUUGAAGAUUUUUUAAUGAAAUCUAUUUACAGGGCUUGAUGAACUGGCUCACGGGAUGAUUCUUGCUCUGAGCUAUGUAGAAAAAAAAUAUGAAGAACUUCUCAAUUUUUAUAAAUUGGUAUUCAGUGUUUUUUGGUGCUUGAACUUUAUUUUUUAUCUAGAUGUACCCUGAGAUUGACAACCCAAAUGUCGAUGUUUGCCUUCGAUUUGAAUUGGAUUCUCGCCAAGAGAAUGGUAUUUUUUUUCUUUUGAACAAUGGUAAAAGGAUGAAGGAAAAGAAAGUACUAAAAAAAGUAAUUUCGAUGAAAACGAGUGAGAUUCUGGUAUAUUUGCUGACGUUUCAAUGACGUCUACUUGAUUAAUUCAUGAUUCAUGCAAAAAAAUCUUGAUUAUUUUUUUGAUAAUAUCGGUUUUUUUAGAUCGCUAUGAGAUAAUUCGACUAUGAUCUAUAAAUAAAUCACAUUGUUUUAGUUCUAAUUCUGUGAAAAAAAUGCACACUUAUAUUUAUUAGUCCCUUAAACGAAUAGUUUCAGCUGGGCCAAUUCUCCGGAGUUCUCCAAGUUGUGAUGCGCUGUUUGCGGUUUUGCGUUGAGAACGGCCACACCGAGUUGAGAAGCAAAGUGUUCUCGAAAUAUUGCAUUUCCUUCUUCAUCGGGGAUUUUGAGGUGCAUUACAUUCGAAGAAUAAACAGACAAAUAAAAUUAAUUUACAGCAACGUGAAAUAAAUUUUGUGGAGCAAGAGGAUGCGGCUCAAUUUUUAUGCGUUUUAUACCGAGAUAUCUUAGUCACCUGUGCUGUGACGCGUCAAUGGAAGAAAAUUGAUCCGCUCAUCGUUCCUCUUCUUAUCAUGAGUCAAGUCGACUUGGAUUCGUUCCCGCUAGGGCUGCAGAUCAUGGAAAAGUGCUUUGAUCUUUCCAACCACCCCAACGUAAGCUGAAAAACAAACAAUUUCAAAAAACCCUUUUCUUUUCAGGUGAAAGAUCUUUUGGUAAACAGUGGAUGGUGCGACGGUAUCAACAACAGAGACUAUUUGGAGAAAUUGGCUCGAAAACUUCUUCCGGAAAUGCCAUACAUUUUCCACUGCACUUGUGUUCCAAAAGAGUAAGUUUUUCUUUUUUUUUUUCAAAACCAUCACUUUUUCAGAGCUGAUUUCAUUGACGGGCUUGACAAUGUCUCUCGGGCAAAAGAAGCCAUCUACAAAAUUGCUGAUCGUAUCAGAUUGAAGAAAAAUUCAACUGUCAAUUGCGUGCUGGAAACAUUAGAAAAGUUUCAUCUUCCAAUCGAGAACCAGAUCUACACGCUUUACACUAUUGCCGAACGUAAGUGACAAAAUUUAUUCAAUAUUAGUAUCUUCUCUUUUUAGUGGAGGAAGAUCACGAUUCUGAAGAGCGGGCAGACAAUCGCAGUGAGUACGAGACCGUGGAAGAAGUUUUCAAGAAACGAGCGGAAGAGAAACGAGCUGCAAAAGACAAGGCGGAGAUGGAAGCUCUCCUGCGUGACGAUAUUUACUAUAACGACAGCCCGGACUCGGAAGAAAGUUCAGAAGCAGAUGCUUCGGAAAAGCCUGUUUUUCUGCCUUUCUGGUACUCUGGAAACUAUCUUGGCACACUCCUUGACGAGUUCAAAACCGGGAUCCUUUCUCGUACUAGGCCCGAAGACUCGUAUUUCUAUACCAAACAACAAAGGGAACAAGGACACAAGUUUCCGGCUCGCGCGAAGUCUGACGCGCUUGAGAACAAUAAUUUCAAUCCUGAAUUCUGUCCUGGAGAGCUCGAAGACAAUGUUUUUGAAUCGGAUGAGCCUGCACAAAAAAAUGGUUCAAAUGAUUUCACAUCGGCGAUGAAAUUCUCCGCAGCAACUGACGGUUUUCCACCAACCAAGGCUCUAAACCUUACAAACGUGGACCAAACCAAUUUGCGUAAAAGAAAAUCGAACUUCAUCAGUGACAGUUAUGCAAGUGUUCACAAGGAAAAGUACGUUGACUCUCGUCCCAAAAAAGUCGUAAUUGGAGAAGACGAUCUCGAAGAGGACGGAUUUGGAGAAGAAUACCAUAACAACUACUACUUGGACAAUGCAGAUCUCAAAGAAGAGAACGAAGAACUGGAUGAAGCUGAUGUUGGAGAGGAGAAUUUCGUUCAAGAAAAAGAUAUAAAGGACGACUUUUUGGCAGAAGACGUUCUAAAAGAAGAAUCACUUGAAGACUUUGAGACUGAGGAGAGUAUGGAAGACUGCGUCUUUUCUGAAUACCAAAAUAUAAACUAUGAGCAAAGCUUUGCGGAGGAGAGUAUGGACAUUGAAGGAGGAAACACUGAAAAAGGGCUUCCUCAUAAGGAACCCGCUCAGAAAAGUGCUUCUCAGAAAGACACGGAGCCAAUGAACCCUUCGGACAUUACUGAAGGAGCGUGUGAACCAGUAGCUGAACCCGUUAGUACUACUGCAUAAUUGAUUUCUGAAUGGUUCGUCCCAAAAAGAACCCCUAACUUUUUUGUGAAUGUGUUUGAAAUUGAUUAAACUAAUCUGAUAAUUUGUAAAAAUCUGCUAGUUAUUCUGUUUGUGUUAUUUCAUCUUCGACGAGUUAAAGCUUGUUAUCUCGUUAAUUUUAAGAAUGUGACUAAUGUCUUUAACUUCAUACAUAACGUGUAGUGAAAUCAUCUCAACGUUACGCGGUUUGUUUGCGUUUUUUGUAUGUUGUGGUUAAUUGUGAAUUUCAUUGUUUUGCGGAUAUUCAAAUGCAGUUCACAUUUCUUUUUUGUCUUUACGAAAUAAUGAAGAUUUUGAAACAGAAUAACUGUGUAAGAUAAUGAAAAAGUGCACGUCAUAGGGCUGCACGAAUUGUAGGCUACGGUCAACGCCUUUUGAACCAUCCUCCGAUAACCGAACUUGAUCUCACAGUCGGGAGUUUCGAACAAUCAAAGAACACUGUUUCGAUAGUCUCCAGUUCAAUGCGUAUCGUUUUUGACACGGUCAGAAAAAUGAGAAGUUCUAGUUUCCUAUGGAUUUUUCUUAACAGUUUUGACUCGGGUAACGGUUUUUUCUUUGAGAUUCGAUUUAGGCAUUGAGAGAAAAUCAUAGGACUCAUUUACCGUUAACUUGACUGAAAAACUGUGUAAAGUUUUCAACUCUUCCGAGAAGAACGUAAGCGAAAAAUAUAAUUUGUAUGUUUUUUUUUGAGUUUCGUCCUUCUUUUUCACGUUUCAAACGAACUGGCCAAAUUUAUUUUUGAGGAUAAACUUUAAUCAUUUAUUGAAUCCUAUGUAGCAUCUUUUUUCUAGUAUUUCUCUCGUUCUCAGAAUCUGAAAGUAUGUUAAUCCACAUUUUCAUCAUGUAGUUAAAAGUUGUCGCAGAAUGUUCUUUUUCUGGCACAGUGAUGUAUGAAUGAUUGAAAAUCCUGAAUAUCCAAUUUUCAAUGAUCGAGAACGAAUCUCCGAUUGCGACAAGGAAGCCGCAGAUUUCCCACGACCGGUCAACGUCCGAUUGCGAACGCCGAAUCAUGUGUGGAAAGAGAAAAGUUCAGAAAACGAAAAGCUAGACGAAAAAAAGAGAUCUCGAGAGGUUGUUCGCCGAAGGGCGUGUCCCAGUUGCCUUUAACCAAGAGAGGCAGGUGGAGAGACGACGAGGCACCUUUUCGCCGCGCUUCCAUGCGAUCCAGUUUGCUGGUCUGCCGCCUCUUGUGUUACUGUUGGUUCCGAUGGACGCAGUUGCUUCUCUUUGUUUUAUAAACAUUUUGACCCGACGGCUUUUUCGCAUUUAUUCUUCUCUCAUUCAUGAGUUUUGAUUUUGCUUCCAGUACUCUCGAAUAAACUAUCGCUACUAAAAGCAAAGCUAGUCAAAUCCUAAUCAAAUAUGUUUUUUUUUUUGAGAAUAUCCUUGAUUCAUAGCUUGCUUGAGGCGAUAUCCAAUUAGGAUGCUCACGCGAAUAGCAAAACAAUGUCUCUUCAGUUGUUUUGUUGAACUUUAUUUUCGAGUCUCAAGGCCGCAGAGCCUUUGCAAACGCGGUUGAGAGUCCGCAGGCAACACAAAUGAGUUACUGGUGGAUACAUUUUGAAAACUGGUUUUUGAGUGAAAGAAUUGAAUUUUCGAGUUUUUUUCAUUAAUCAAUUCAAUCAGAGGAUAUUUUUAACUUUCAAAAAGUUGACUGUCUCAAUGGUUGUUUCCGAACUCGUUGUUUUAUCAGUUUUAAUCUUCAUCAGAUGGAGUAAUUUCUCCAUUUUCUCAAAGUUUCACUAUCCGCAAGACUUUUUCUUAGCGAGAAAAAAAAAAUUUCAGAAGCUUAACUUUUGUGAUAUGAAAUAUCAGCUUUCUCUAUGCCCAAAAUUUCCGUCUGUUGGACUUAAAUCCAAGCAAUUAUUGGAACUGGAAAAACAACAAAAAAAGAAACUUCACCAGACUCAAGUUUGUUUUGAAAAACUCUAUCAACAUUUUGAUCUUGCGCACUCAAGAGAGGAAGUAUUUUUUUCUUUUCUGUCGCGAUCACCUGACCGAAUCGUCUCAAACACCAAAAAAGCAGUUCGACUCAACGAAACAACAUUUGUAGCAAACUUUAGGCCGUUUCCGGAAUGGAAUCCCGGCGGGUGAUUGUCGUUCGACAUGGGGAACGAUGCGAUUUCGUGUUCAACCAGUACAAUGGCUCUUGGGUCAAACGGGCAUUUGACAGCGCUGGCAGGUGAGAAAAUCAAUUCAUCAUCACUUUAUUUCUGAGAGCUUGUUUUCUACUUUUAAUUCAAGGAUGCUUUAACAAAGAGGGAUAUAUUUUUUCUUAAUCGAUGGGAAGACAUCUUUCGAAAAAUUUCAACUUGCCUGGUUUACCACUCAACAAAGAAAAAAGCUCGAACCGUCCAAUAGGCCUAAAGAUUUUUUCUAUCUCUGAAAAAAGACCUCUCAAAAAAGGGAACAACGAGUCAUAACUCUCAGGAUAUUUACUUAGUAGAUCAAAGAGUGUAUGAGUCACUUUUCUGAGAAUUCACAGAAUUGGCUCAGCUUCCUUAAUCCAUCAUUUUGAGCCCCAGAGAAAAAGUUACACAAAAAACAGAAAAGAAGUUUAAUAAUAACUUCAUUCUAAUCAUUGUCACUCAAUGAGAAGCAUUGUAGGUGUAGCUAAAAAGCCAAGUCCGCAAAUUUUUGUACGGUUCUCAAGCUUUUUGCUAUGACGUCUUAUCAUUACUCAAAUCUGUAGCGCGUCGCUUGACAUUUUCAACGUGACGCAUUUUUUGUUUUGUUGUGCAGUCUUGUUCAAACAGGGAGCUGUUUUAUUGAACAACGGACUUUUCCCCUUAUUUGCUACCUUGCUCUUGGUAGUCAAAAUAAACCUUUUUUUCUUAUCAGUUUUUAGCAACCCUGCAGUAUGUAAACAUUCUUUUUUCAUUAAGAUGAUAAAACGAUUUCAGGAUAAAAUUCUAAUUUAGAGGGCAUGAGAGGAAGUUCAGCUAUUUUUUUCUGAUCGAGAAGAAAACAAUUUCUUUUUUACAAUAGGAGGCGUAUGAAGCAAUAACUCUUAGAAACUUGAGUUGAAAAUGAGUAGGGAAUUUUCACAAAGGCGUUUUUUUGAUCACAAGACCGGAAGAAACUUCCCUGUCUUGUUUAAUCAGUAAGGCCCUCAUCAAAGUUUUUUUUUAUUUAGAUACCGGCCGUUUGACGUGAACAUGCCACGGAACGUUCCAAAGCGACGCGAUGGCUACCAGGCCUACGAAAAAGACACGCCACUCACUGAGAUUGGCUAUCUGCAGUCCAAACUAACAGGUUCCUUGGUUCUUUAUACAUCAAAGAUUGCAUGGCAUCACACUCUGAACAGUGUCGGAGACGGAAAGAACAAAGGCAGAAAGCAAAAAACCACAAGCAACAAGAAAAAUGUUAAGGUCGGGCCCUGAGAGACUCUAGCGUCGAGAUUGAUCACAUUCUGUGUUCGCCCGCUUUGAGAUGUGUUCAGACCACCGUUGGUAUUCUCAAAGGAAUCGGUUCGUUGAAUUCUUCACUCAAAAGACAACAAUCUUCAUUUUCGGCUUAUAUAUAAAGAUUUUCAGGUGAAGAUAAGAAACGGACUGUCAAUAUUGAACCAGCGUUGUUUGAAUGGCUGCUGUGGUGCAGAGGAGCGCGACCUUCUUGGAUCGCUAUCGACGAUCUCAAAAAGCUUGGUCGAGUCUAAAAAUAAAAUGAUAAUAACCUUUUCAGUUCAGGCUACCCAGUUAACUCCACAUAUGAGCCUGCUAUGAAGGAAGACGACCUUGAUCUUUCUGAAACUCUGGCUUCCUACUACGAGCGCUCGUUUUGGAUCAUUCAGAACAUCCUUAGCCGGUUUUCAGGCACGUAGUUCAAUUCCAAAACAUUUUGAAUCAUGUCAGCAUCUACCUGUAGAAAAGAAGUAGCUGAAAAUAUUAGUCAAAACGUUGUAAUUAAUUGCGGUCUUCUUAAUUUUUCCUGUGAUCCUAUUGAAAAAAAAAAUCGAGUUUCAGUCAGAAAUCGAAAAAGUUUGUGUUAUCUUUAAGAAUUUAACUUGAACGUAUUCAUCCCACAAACUGAUUAUUUUGAGAGUUUUUUCAGGAAACAUUCUAAUAGUGGCUCACGGAGCCUCUCUCGAGACUUGCACACGGAUGCUGUGCGGAGGCGCGAUAAGACCAGCCGAAGACUUCUAUUACCUCCUCCAGAACACGCCUUACUUGGCCUGCAUUGAGAUGACGGAUCAGGAGCCUGAGAACAGCGCCACCUCUUCUCGGUCGCAGUAUCCGCCGCAGGGCUGGACUAUUACGGGAAGUCCCAUUCCAACCUUCACUCAUGCUUUCAACACUGCCUACGACGCCAUGCAGCACACCUUGCCGCAAGAAGUUAUCAAGAAGAGGAUCAGAGACAAGGCUCUCGCCGCUCCAAAAAACCGAUUUGUUUGA